GCCAGUCCCUCUAGUGUUCGCUCAAGUGUCUCACUCGCCGGUUUCCUCUACGCGACUCUACCGGCAAAAAAACAAAAAAAAAAACACUGGUGGCCCAAAAGUCUAGCGGGGAGUGCGAUGGACGAAUCAUCGGAACAAACACGGCCCUUCUUGAGAACAGGUCUGGAUGAGGAGGCAAUCGUUGACCACGGAAAGAGCAGCUUCACCAUUCAAACCAACUACGAAAAGGACGACUUGGAAAGCCACAGAGCAGUGUACGUAGGCGUUCAUGUUCCUAUUGGAAGGGAGACCAAGCGGAGACACCGUCACAGAGGACACAGGCACCACAGGAAGAGAAGGGAUAAAGACUCUGAUGACGGAAAAGAGGAUGACAGAGAAUCUCCCCCCUACGACACUCCAUCCCAGCGGGUUCAAUUCAUUCUGGGCACGGAAGAUGAUGACUUGGAGCACGUCCCCCACGACCUCUUCACCGAGUUGGACGAGCUAUCCUUUCGAGCCGGCAGUGCCACUGAAUGGAGGGAAACUGCCAGGUGGCUUAAGUUUGAAGAGGAUGUGGAAGACGGAGGAGAAAGAUGGAGCAAGCCUUACGUGGCCACUUUGUCAUUGCACAGUUUAUUUGAACUGCGUAGCUGCAUCCUCAAUGGCACAGUCAUGCUGGAUAUGAGGGCCAAGAGUAUCGAGGAAAUUGCAGACAUGGUGAUCGAUAGCAUGGUGGCGUCGGGCCAGCUCAAGGAGGACCUGCGGGCCAAGGUGCGUGAGGCUAUGCUGAAGAAGCACCACCAUCAGAACGAGAGAAAGCUCAGUAACCGCAUCCCUUUGGUGCGCUCCAUCGCUGACAUAGGCAAGAAACAUUCUGACCCAUUCUUGCUCGAACGAAACGGAGAGGGCCUUUCCUCUUCGCGUCUGUCCCUCCACAAGCCAGGAGCUGGCUCUUCUGCCUCCAACCUGCCGCAGAGACGGGAGUCCCGAGUUUCCAUCCUACUCAACCACCUCCUACCGUCCUCUUCCUCCAACACGGGGCCCCGCCCCCCGGGCACCCCUCAAAGUACCCCCUCGUCCUUUCGCCGUGCCUCCCCGAGCCCCCCGCGCAACCACGCAGCCGGCUUUGGCCCUGGUAGCAUCCCAGAAGUGGUGGUAUCUCCGCCCAAGGAUGACGAGGCGCCAAAGUGGGCAGAGGAAGAGGCGGCGGCAUUGCCCCAGUUGAGCCGCCAAUCUUCCUGUGCGUCCCAGGGAUCCGAGCAGCUGCCCUUAGAAGGACCACUUGUUCAUCCCCACUCGGUCCCCAACUACCUGGACAGCGAGAAAGCAGUGGAGAGGCGGCCUUCCAAAGUAGGGGUGGAUAUGAAUUUCAUGAAGAAGAUUCCUCCUGGUGCUGAAGCCUCCAAUGUUUUGGUGGGAGAAGUUGAUUUCUUGGAGAAACCUAUCAUCGCCUUUGUUCGGCUGUCCCCUGCGGUUCUUAUCACCGGCCUCACCGAGGUUCCCGUGCCCACGAGGUUUCUCUUCCUGCUUUUGGGUCCUCACGGAAAGGGUCCUCAGUACCAUGAAAUCGGAAGAUCUAUGGCCACGCUGAUGACAGACGAGAUCUUCCACGAUGUGGCGUACAAGGCCAAAGACCGUACGGAUAUCCUGUCUGGGAUUGAUGAGUUUCUUGAUCAAGUGACGGUCCUCCCUCCUGGAGAGUGGGAUCCCACCAUCCGAAUUGAACCCCCUAAAAAUGUCCCAUCCCAGCUCAAGAGGAAGAGGCCAUCCCAUCCAAACGGCACCGCAUCCCCAGCGGGAGAACUGGAAAAGGAAGAGGACCACCACGUGGGACCAGAGCUGCAGAGGACCGGAAGAAUAUUCGGUGGCCUGAUACUGGACAUCAAGCGGAAGGCCCCGUUUUACUGGAGUGACAUCCGAGACUCGUUCAGCUUGCAGUGUCUGGCCUCCGUUCUCUUCCUCUAUUGUGCCUGCAUGUCUCCCGUCAUUACUUUUGGAGGUCUGCUCGGAGAGGCCACCAAAGGCAACAUUAGUGCCAUCGAGUCUCUUUUUGGGGCAUCCUUGACUGGAGUAGCUUAUUCCCUCUUUUCUGGCCAACCCCUAACCAUUCUCGGCAGCACAGGACCUGUUUUAGUGUUUGAGAAGAUCCUCUUUAAGUUCUGCGUCGAUUACGGACUGUCCUACCUGUCGUUACGAACGAGUAUUGGUCUGUGGACAGCUUUCCUAUGUUUGGUCCUGGUUGCCACGGAUGCCAGCUCCCUGGUCUGCUACAUCACCCGCUUCACAGAGGAAGCUUUUGCAGCGCUCAUCUGCAUCAUCUUCAUCUACGAAGCUCUCGAGAAGCUAUUCCACCUGGGAGAACAUUAUCCCGUCAACAGCCACAACAUCUUGGAAAACCUCACGUCGUAUUCGUGUCAGUGCUCUCCGCCAGCUAAUGCCUCAGCUCAGCUCCUGAAUAAAUGGAAUCAGACUGGAUACAGUCCAGACUCCGUACCCUGGAGUAGCCUCAAUGUUUCGAUGUGUCAAAUGCUCAACGGGGAGUUUGUGGGCACAGCCUGCGGCAGCCAUGGGCCGUACAUCCCCGAUGUUCUCUUCUGGUCCAUCAUCCUCUUCUUCACCACAUUUUUCCUCUCCGCCUUCCUCAAGCAGUUCAAAACGGAGCGAUACUUCCCCACCAAGGUGCGAUCCACAAUUAGUGACUUUGCAGUGUUCAUAACGAUCAUGAUCAUGGUGUUGGUGGACUAUUUGAUGGGGAUCCCUUCCCCGAAGCUGAACGUCCCUGAUCGUUUUGAGCCUACUUCAAAGAACAGAGGCUGGCUGAUGGAUCCGUUAGGAGACAACCCCUGGUGGACGCUGUUGGUGGCAGCGCUUCCCGCCCUGCUGUGCACAAUCCUCAUUUUUAUGGAUCAACAGAUCACAGCUGUCAUUAUUAACCGCAAAGAGCACAAGCUCAAGAAAGGCUGCGGCUAUCACCUGGACUUGCUGGUGGUGGCAGUCAUGCUGGGCCUGUGCUCCAUUAUGGGCCUGCCCUGGUUCGUGGCAGCCACCGUCCUCUCCAUUUCGCACGUGAACAGCCUCAAGGUGGAAUCGGGCUGCUCCGCUCCCGGAGAACAGCCAAAGUUUCUCGGUAUCCGGGAGCAGCGGGUCACCGGAUUCAUGAUCUUUGUCCUCAUGGGCUGUUCUGUUUUCAUGACAUCUGCGCUCAAGUUCAUCCCUAUGCCAGUGCUGUAUGGAGUCUUCCUCUACAUGGGUGCCUCCUCUCUCAAAGGCAUCCAAUUCUUUGACAGAAUCAAGCUGUUUGGCAUGCCUGCCAAGCACCAGCCUGAUCUUAUUUACUUGCGUUACGUGCCGCUGUGGAAAGUCCAUAUCUUCACCCUGGUACAGCUCACCUGCCUGGUACUGCUUUGGAUCAUCAAGGCCUCUGCUGCAGCGGUGGUCUUCCCCAUGAUGGUUCUUGCGCUGGUCUUUAUCCGAAAGCUUCUCGACUUCUUCUUCACGAAGCGAGAGUUGAGCUGGCUCGACGACUUGAUACCAGAGAGCAAGAAGAAAAAAGAGGAUGACAAGAAAAAGAAAGCACGCGCCAAGCUGGAAGCGGAGUCUCGAUUGCAGAAGGAAGAGGGACUGGGGCUGCAGGUCAGCUAUGAAGGCUCCAAUCUGCUGAACAUCCCAGAAAAGUCCCUCUCGGGAAGCCGGGAGAAGGCGGCCUGCGUUAGAGUGGACGUCAGCCCGGACACACCGGGAGAGGGUUCCACCGCAGAGACCUUCCUGUGAUAGCGACACAGCUGACAUCCAUAUUGUACACGCAGCUUCAGCGCAGCAGGUGAGCUCCACUUGGGCGCUAAGUUGCCGAGGGUUUUUUUGACCAUUUGCACCUCUGAUGCCAAAGGAAUGGGCCUCACUAGUGACUGAGUUUCCGUUUUAUUAUGUCUGUAUUUCCAUACUGUAGAGCGUUCACAGACAGUGAGUGAGUAGCCCAGCACAGUGUUUGAAGGUCAUAUUAAGACCACACCAGCACCAUUCAAUGAAGGCCAUUCAGGAAAUAUCCGUGCCGGUGAAUAAUGUCUCAUAAGUGAUGUGUCAAAAACCAAAACCCAGGAACGAAUUAGAGAGAAGUCGACGCGACAUCAUUGCAGGUCAAACAAUCAUCUUGGGGGGGUGUUUUCUCAUGCUGCUUAAAUUUCAUCAGAAACGUCUUUUUGUAUCUAAAUGGAGGUUAAAUAUGAAUGCAGGUAUACAGUAUCUACUGUGAUCUUUUCAUUUGUAAUAUUUCAAACUUACUUCAGAGGCCAUAUGAAGUCUGUACUGUACAGUAAGCACUUUGCCAGCAUCCUUUUCUUACCCAUUAUGAAUUCUAGUGUACUAUUAUAUUAUUAUUUAAACGUUGCUUCUUCUCCCGACUAUUUGUUUUACGGCAAUUUUGAUUUACAUUUGUCAGGAAUCUUGUGGAAUUUUUGGUCGCAGAAUUUCAAUGGUUUUGUUUUGUUUUGUUUUUUACCCCCAAAUCAGUUCCACAACAGUUUUAAUCCGUGAUUUUAUUGAUGAAUGUUUACGCAAACGGAUAACAUCACAGCUGGGCUGUAGUCAACAUCUCUUGAUCUCUGCACAACUGGAUGAUUAUCAUUUCAUAGAUACUCUUAGAUGAUAAUAAUAAAGAAUCUGCCCAAGUACAGUGGAACACAUUCUUUAGAAAAUAAGACACUUGAUUCAAGUAUUCCUUAGUGCCUGUUCUCACUCUCAUUGUGAAUAAAUGGGAGACGAUCGUAGAACAUCACUUUGAGGUACCGAAAAGAUGACAGAAGCACAUUCUUAGCACAUGUGCCAUGAAUCUCAACUGACAGCGACUGAGAUCCUCAUCUUCAUACGUUGUUCACUGCCACGUCACUCGACGGACCAGACAAAUGGCGAAAAUAGGAUUUUUGUUUACAACCUUGGGUGUUCCACUGUACUUUGCGCCAGUCCGUUGUGUUUCGAUGACGCCGACGACACGCGCACGCACGCACGCACCGGCAUAAUCCUGCACACAAAACAACACCAGCCAAAUGUUGUUGUUGUUGUUGGGGGUAAAAAGAAUCCAAGUGACCCCAGUUAGUUGCACCUAUUUUUAUACUGUCUGUAUUACUUUUAUUGUGCGUGUGUGUGUGGUGGACAAAAAAAAAAAAGUUCUUUUCCUGAUGCUAAACAUUUUAUGCAACGCAAAUAUUUCUACUGUAAAUGUGACAUUUGUAAUAUUCUACAUAGCCGAUCUAAUUUUCGCAAAGUGCAGUCUUGUUUUAGCAAUAAAUGCUCCAUACGAAUGGAUCCGUGACACUAGCUAAAUAUCCAGGUAAGGAAUCAUUAUCGCUCUAUCUGUGUCUAGCUGUAGUGACUAUGUGCCUUGUCAGAGCUCUUUAUGUGCAAGUGUCGUACUUCCAAUUAAGUGUUCAGAUACAUGUACGCGGUGGCGGCGGCGGCGGCAUCCAAUAAAUGAAUGCCAAAGACAAAGCGGCGUCAGUUUAGAGUGGACCAGUGCACUAUUUAUUGACUGGUGUGUAGUUGGCCCAUGUCUGUAUUGAAGUUGUAGCCAGCCUCCGGCUGCAGACUCCACUUCUGGACUUAUUCUUGUUAUUAUCUUCCAUUUACAAACUGAAUUGCUGUUUGUAAGUGUAUUCUGUUAUGUCUUGAAUGUUAGAUGGAAUGAGUAAUGCGAGGAGGAUCUUGGGACUAAGUUGGCUCAUGCCACACGGGUUUUAAACUGGAAGUGAACUCUGACCAAUCGGGUCAUGUCAUGCAAAACAAACGCUGUUGAGUCAAAAAAAGAAUAACUCCAGCAUGCAGAAACCAAGGCAAAAUGAAGCAAACGUUCUGGUUAGCAAGACUGAUGACUUACUGUAUGUCUCAGUGGAAAGCAAUAAACAUAAAAAGUAUCAACUGA